GCAGCGCCAGACUGGAGUCUCCCCUCUCCUCUCCCCCAGGAGGCUCCGACUGCUUCCCAGCCCCCUUUGUUCAGUCUCGCCGGUGGGUUGAGUCACAAGGAGGCUGUGCUCACAAAUCCACACCACUGUGGGAAAAAACGGCGAGGAGGAGAGGCCUGGAAGGGGGAAAUAUCGUGAUUUGCGGCGAUCCUGGUGCGUCCGGACCCGGAUGUGUUUGGAGAAAAAGUUGGUUUUGAGUGUUGCUGAUGCUGCGCCUCGUUCGGGGGAGCAGCCGCAGCACGUCGGGCUGUGCCGGUGUGGAUGAUCGUCGCAGUUUGGAUCCGUCCGGACCCGUCCUCCUCCCCUCGGUGAGCCGGCAGCCUGCACGCCGCUGACAGGCUGCAGUUGUUGCCACCAUCCGCUGAUCCACGCUGACUCUCCCUUUCAGUUUCGGCUCAGCAUCCAUAUUUGCAUCCCAGGGAGUGGCUGCCACUAAUCCCCCCCGUUUUCCCAUCCUCUGCGCGGAGCUGAAAGUUGGUUCCCUCGGAGGCAGUAUUUCCCACAGAAAGCUGGUCAUGGAGCAGGACGGCCAGCGGCGCCUGGUCUAGACUGAUCCAGACCCCGUCCAGCAGCCUCCCGGUCCCGGCCGCCUUCCCGCCGCCUCGCCAUGAACAUGCUGAAGUCCAGCGGACUGAAGAUCCCCGGCCGCGGGCCCAAACAUUCCAGCCCGGUGGGCAGGACGUCGGCGGGGGGAACCGCCAGCCCCGUGGCCCCCAAAGACGGCGCUCCGCUCAAGCCCACCACCCCAACCAAGAUCUCGGAGGAGGGCGAUGACGUGUUGGGGGACUACACGGUGGGCGAGCAGGUCUGGGUCAACGGCGUCAAACCCGGAGCCAUCGCCUACCUCGGGGAGACCCAGUUCGCCCCGGGCCAGUGGGCGGGGGUCAUCCUCAACGACCUAGUUGGCAAGAACGACGGCUCGGUGGGCGGCGUGCGCUACUUCGAGUGCCAGCCGCUGCAGGGCAUCUUCACCAGGCCCUCCAAGCUCACCCGGCAGCCGGCGGGGGAGGGCAGCGACAGCCACUCCACCGACUCCGCGCAGAACCAGAACCAGAACCAGGCCCAGCAGGGCGGCGCCGCCCCCGCCGGCCAGCGGGUGGUGGUGCCGCUGCGGGAGGGCCUGCUCAACAGCGCCGUGAAGACCGGCAACGAGUCGGGCUCCAACAUGUCCGACAGCGGCUCCAUCAAGAAGGGCGGAGACAAGGACCUGCGGGUGGGGGACCGAGUCCUGGUCGGAGGCUCCAAGAUGGGCGUGAUCCGCUACAUGGGCGAGACGGACUUCGCCAAGGGGGAGUGGUGCGGCGUGGAGCUGGACGAGCCGCUGGGGAAGAACGACGGCGCCGUGGCGGGGACCAGGUACUUCCAGUGCCUCCCUAAGUUCGGCCUGUUCGCUCCGAUCCACAAAGUGAUCCGGAUCGGCUUCCCGUCCACCAGCCCGGCCAAGGCCAAGAAGAGCAAGCGGGUGGCGAUGGGGGUGUCGUCUCUGGCCCACAGCCCCAGCAGCUCCUCCAUCAGCUCCGUCAGCUCGGUGGCCUCGUCGGUGGGCGGCCGGCCCAGCCGAGCCGGACUGCUGACGGAGACGUCGUCCCGCUACGCCCGCAAGAUCUCGGGCACCACGGCGCUGCAGGAGGCGCUGAAGGAGAAGCAGCAGCACAUCGAGCAGCUGCUGGCCGAGCGCGACCUGGAGCGGGCCGAGGUGGCCAAGGCCACCAGCCACAUCUGCGAGGUGGAGAAGGAGCUGAGCCUGCUCAAGACGCAGCACCUGCAGUACGUGACGGAGAACGAGAGCAGCCUGCAGCAGGUCAAAGGUCAGCUGGCCAGCACUCAGAAAGAUAAGCUGGAGCUGGCCAAUCAGCUGGAGGAAGAGAAAAGGAAAGUGGAGGACCUGCAGUUCAGGGUGGAGGAGGAAUCCAUCACCAAGGGAGACCUGGAGGGAAGAUGCAAUCAUGAUGCAGGACCGUUGAGGUUGGGGAAAAGAACCAAGCAGACCACGGUGGAGGAGCAGAGUCGGAUCGUGCAGCUGGAGGAGGAGCUGGCGCUCCGGAGAGAGGAGAUCCAGACCCUCCGGGUCCAGCUGCGGGGGUCCGGCGCCGACUCCGACGAGAGCCGGCCCGACGCCGGCGCCCCGCCGGACGGCGGCGAGCUGAAGGGGAGGUACGAGGCCGGCCAGCGGGAGGUGGAGUCCAUGAAGGCGGUGGUGGAGAAGCAGAACCAGGAGAUCAGCGACCUGAAGCAGAGAGUCCAGCAGGCGACCAAGGAGAACAUGGAGAUGAUGGACGCCUGGAAGGCCAAGUUCGACACCCUGGUCAGCGACCACCAGCGCUCCCUGGAGGAGCUGAAGGCGUCGCUGAGCGGCGGCGGCGGCGCAGACGGCGAGCGGCAGGACGCCCAGGAGCUGAGGACGGCCCUGGAGAGCCUGAAGAUGGAGCACCAGCUGGAGGUGGAGAACCUGAAGGCCAAGCACAAGAUCGAGGCCGCCAUCUUGACCAAGGAGCGCGAGGACCUGUGCGCCCGCCUCCUCGAGGCCCGGGAGGGCCCGGCGAGCGGCCGCCACGCCCCGGACGAGGCGGCGGAGAGGCUGCAGCGGGCGGAGCGGCGGCUGGCGGAGGCCGAGAGGCUCCGGGCGGAGACGGACCGGAGCGCCGCGGAGCUGCGGGGGCGGCUGGAGCUGGCCGAGAAGAAGACGUGGGACUACCAGGCGGUGCAGAGGGCCCAGACGGAGAGCCAGGAGGAGAUCCGCCGGCUGGAGGAGCAGCUGAGGGUGACGGCCAACCAGCUGCAGGCCGUCCAGGCCGACCGCUACACGUCGCACGACGCCAACGUGAUCGAAGACAACGAGAUCUCAGACGAGAAGAUGAAGCUGAAGCAGAACAUCGAAGAAACGAUGGAGAAGCUGCUGAAGAGGGAGAAGGAGGUGUCCACGCUCACGUCGCAGGUGGAAGCCCUCAAGUCGCAGGUCGGAGCUCUGGAGGGAAAAGUUCGCUCUGGGGAAAAGAAAUCCGAGGCGCUGGCCCGGGAGAAGAUGCGCGUGGAGGCGGAGCUGGAGUCCAUGACCAAGAAGUCCCAUGAUGCAUCUGGGCAGCUGGUCAGCAUCAGCCAGGAGCUGCUGAAGAAAGAGAGGAGUCUGAACGAGCUGAGGGUUCUGCUCCUGGAGUCACACCGUCACUCACGGGACAUGGAGAAGGACCUGAACCGGGAAGUGCACAAGGCCGAGUGGAAGGUCAAGGAGCAGAAGCUGCAGGACGACAUCAAGACCCUGCGGGAGAAACUGCUGCUGUUGGGUCGGGAGCGGUCCUCACCUGACCACCGGCGGUACUCCAUGCUGGAUCCCUCGGCUCUGGACUCGGAGGUGAACCGCCUUCGGCAGCGGCUGCUCAGCACGGAGGACGCCCUGAGGAACGCCCUGGAACACAAUCAGCAGGUCGACCAGCUGGUCCAGGCCAUGCGCAAACACCCGGAAAAAAGCCCGGCACACGGUGCCAAUUCAGCUAAUGGGAUUCACCACCAGGAGUCCGACUGUUCUCCAGACCAUUUUAUCUCCCCCCUCUCCUAGGAGCAACACUGAUCUGAGCAGGAGACAUGGCUGGGACGCUGGCCCCACCCAGCCUGGACCGGGACGUGCAGAAGUCCGUCCGACUCGUCCCGAUCCGGCGACGGGCGACCAAGAAGAAGAACCUCUCAGUUUACAGUUAAAAAAACCAAAAGAGCUGACCUCUGUCUCCAGUGAAUUUAUGUGUCGUCGCAGAAAGCACCUAUUAGCCAAUCACCAAGACCGCUUAAAGUACUAUAAAGUAUAGUAUAGACAGGAAGUAAGACAUGGACAUGAAGAUCUAUUAUCGGUACGGCAACUUUUGAUGCUUUACGGUAGUUAGAAGAGUUUCAGUUUCCCAGAAACUCUUUGACAAUUUGGAAAGCAAACGGACAACGACCCCGUGAAGAUCAGAAGAACUGUGGCUUUGUUUGUUUUUAUUUAUUACUUUUUCUUUGCUCCUCGGCUUUGUAAUAAUAAUCCUCAGUACUGUAGGUGACACUCGGCAACACGUUAAGGGAUUACUCUGUUGUUUUUUUUAAAGGGAUCCGACUCAACUGUCACCUUUAAUAUCUGGUGAGGAUUGGUAGCAACCUUUUAAUACUCCUGCUGUAAUGCACACUGAAAAUUAAAUCUCAAGCAUGAACUCCUGCUCAUGAGGGGUUUUUCUGGAGGGGGUGUCUCACAUGGUGCUGCUCAGGUUGAUUUGUUUUGGCCCUACAUGAGGCCCCGUUUACACGGCAGCGCUUCAGGUGAAAAAGUUUCAGAAAAGUCCCACGUUCACACGGAAACGUCAGUUUGGAAACGCCAUGCUACACAACAGUAACCAUGCUUAAAGUUGCAGUACGUAUGAUGUCAGUAAUACCAUCUGUGGCCUCGAGGUGGCAGCAGAGUCAGUGUUUCAGUUUCAGCCUUUCGUUGCCACUCACGACAGUCCUGUGCCGUUAAGCUUGUCGACUUCAGUGGUUUUCUCUACGUCGUCGGAGUCCAGUGGAAUAAUGGCCGCCUCCACAUGCCGAUGCAGUGUGCGGGGUUGAAAAUCCCGCAGUGCCAGCAGUACCUCACCCGACCCGGUCCUGAGAAAACUCACACUGAAGGUCUUCAUUACGAUGCUUCUUUCAUUUUCGGCUCACUACAGACUUUAUCUGCUGUCUGGAUUUUGAUCCAGUCGAGGCAUUUUGUCCCAAACAGGACCAGAAUAAGCUAACCAGAUGACUGUGGUCAUUUCUGGUGGGGAUUAUUGCUCUUCCUGCUGUGUCCUCAGAAGUUCUCUGACGCUCCCAAAUUAGAGCUAACCUUCAAACAGACGAUCUCACAAUGUACUUUAAAACAUUCCUGAGGCUUGGAAUCAUCUUUUCAACACGUGGCCUUCAUUGUGCCCGUUCUCACGAGGUCGCAUGCAUAGAUGUUUGUUAGCUUUCACUGCUGUUAUCAGCUUCACUACCAGCUUGUUUUGAGUGAAAACACACAGUAUUUGCAUAAAGUUGCAAUUUCAGAGGCUCCGAGCACCGUUGUCAAGUAAACAAACCCCCUCUUAUGGUAGCUCCUACUGUGAAAACCAGGGUGCUAACCACUGUACCUUUCAAAAUCAGCAUCACUAAAGUGCUUUUUUUAUGUAGAAGUAACUAAAGUCAAAGUACUGUUUCUAAACAGUCUGAUUUAGCUGAGAUAUGGCUGAACCAACACUUUAGCACCAAUUAAAAUCAAUGGAAAGUCACCCAGCACGUAACUGUAUACUCACCCUGAACUCAGACGUCUGUAUAUCCGUAACGGAACUGAAGGUUCCGAUCCGACUACCAAUCCUCUCUUCAGGUGUUGACGGAGGUGACUGUUGAGACCACCUCCCUUCGUCCUUCGCACAUUGGUGGACUCCUCUGUUUGGACUGGAGACUGACUGGCCUGCUGAACUCAUCUCUGUCCUGCUGGAUGCAUAUUGUGAAUCAUUCCAGACUUUUUCUGACCUUGGUCCGACACACCUCUUCUUUUAUUUACCCUGGAUUCCAUCUGUGUGUUAGUGUUGACGAACUGUACGUGAUGUGAAGUGGCAUCCUGUGCGGUCCCACCUUAGUCCCUGUUUACGCCUCAUUUCAAGUGAAAACGCGUUGUGAGAAGCCUCGUGUUUACACGGCACGUUCUGAAAACAAUAUACGUUCACACACAAACAGCACAGACGCUGUGGACGAUGUAGUGAGCAUGCCGGGCCACAAGUAGGUGCUGUUGAUUGGCUAGAAACAUUAACAAUGGGAGAGAACACAGGACUUUGUAAGCGGUUAUUACAGUGACUGUCUACUCUAAAGCUAGCAAGUCCAGGAGGCUCUGGACCAGGACCAGGAGGAUCUGGACUGAAGCCGUGUUGUCAGUGUUGUCGUGUAAACGAACCCCCAUGUUUUCACUUGGAGUCCCUGCCGUGUGGACAGGCCCUGGGAGUCAAUGGAUCUGCUUUACCGACCCUCCGCUGGGUCUUCUGACCGGAGCUGAAACCCAAACGGCGCCCCGGAUCAAUCCCGUCCGGAUUUCAUUCGUAUAACUUCUUCUCCGAAGUCUUCCAAAUGUUGUUUUGUCCAUUUGUCCGCUGCAUGAGGAGAUCCUGUCUGGUGAUCACAGAGGUGAGUGGCGUGCGGCGAGCUCGGAGGAACUGAAACCCCUCCCACAGGGCAGGUGUCGUCAGCUCAGAUAAAAGCUGUUCUCCAGCUGAUCUUGUACAUGGCCUUUUCAGCUGGAGGGUUUGUACCCUUUGGAUUAUUGCUGCAAUGGUUUUGGAGAUUGAGUCAUUAAAUAUUAACAAUGUG